CAACGAUCGAAUCAUGUUUUCAACCAAGAGCAUUGUAAUUGUGGCCGUAGUCCUCGUCCAGUUGGCGACUCUCAUCCAGGGAGGAGUCUACAGCAAUGACGACAAGUGGGUGCUCCUGGACAAGACCAUGGAUCUGCCGGAGGAAGCGGUUCUCGGUGGCUUCGAUCCCAGUGGCUACUACAACUACGUGGGUCGUGUGUCAAACAGCGGUAAUAUUCUGCCCGCUAGAGUUGUCCCGGAAUUGGGAAAGGCCACCUACAAUACGGACAGUUACGGCAACCAAGGCACAAGCUAUGAGGUCCUGGUGUCCAAUGCCACCGUCAGCUACCACUGGAUUCGCAGUUUCGAUGGCUACCGGGAGAAGAACGCCGUAUCCGUGGGAACCAACUUCUCCAACGAUCGUGUCUUCAUCUGCCGUGUCCGUUGCGACGAGGGUCUCUUCAUUGGAACCCUUUACCUCGCCAAACGGAUGUGCAGUGUCCAGUACGAAAACCUGCCUCUCCGCCAGUUCGACAAGUACGAGAUCCUCGUCAGGGAGCGCCAUGUGGCUGCCUUCUCUCCUUUUGUAGAUGGGUACAUUGCCCAAUGAAUAUUUCAAAAUAAAUUACCUAUUUAUUGAACGAAAA